CGUAACUUUGCGAUUAUCACAACGAAAAUUUUUGAGAAAACAUAGCGGCCACACUUCCCGGCGAACGAGCGUAAAAUUAACGAUAAUCAAAUCAAAAUGGCUUACAAAGGAGGUGCGAAGGUCCAGAAAGUAAUGGUCCAGCCGAUUAAUUUAAUUUUCAGAUACCUGCAAAAUAAAUCCAGAGUGCAAGUGUGGCUGUAUGAGCAAGUGAACCUUCGUAUUGAGGGUUGUAUUGCUGGGUUUGAUGAGUACAUGAACCUGGUACUGGAUGAGGCAGAGGAAGUGCACAUGAAGAACAAAACUAGGAAAACACUCGGUCGCAUCCUGUUAAAGGGAGACAACAUUACAUUGAUACAGGCAGUGCAAUGAUCAGUGAUCUCCCCUGAUACAUGGAUAAGCUUCAUCAUCCAACCAUCUCAUCUUGCAUUCAUGGGUUUUAUUUUCAUGCAGUGUUGUUGUCUGUAGAUUUAUACAUGUUGUUACUUUGAUUUCACAAAUGAACGUUUUGCUAUAUGAAGAAUGAGACACUUGGCAAUAUGAAGAAUGAGACACUUGGCAAGAACUUUUUGAACAUUAAUUUAAUCUUUAAGUAUUUCAGGCUCUUUUAUUUGAGACUUAAUUAAACUGCCUUACUCAUUAUGCAUUAAAACCUUACAGACAUUCUGUAAUGUUCUGAAAAUAUCAGGUACUUAUACCUGUGUACUGAAACUUUGUCAUCAGUGAUGUUGUUAAGCAUUUGCCACUAUAAUAUUUUUAAAGUUGUUAGUUGUUGCUUCCUUUGGAUUCUUUGUGAAUAAUUUCAGAGCGAGUUUUUAGGAACAGGCGGUCAAAUCAUGAUUUCUAUCCAUUAUCAAUGAUUCAAUAGUUUAAAAGCUUUGACAAUUAUCAUUGAUCUAUCUUUUAUAAAGUUCGAAUUAAUUGGUUCUUAUUUUUGUUUUCGUGAUGGUAAUAACUUGUGUAUCUUAUUAUAAACAUACAUUUGUGUCCUUCACAAAAUACUGAUUUUGUAUUUGUUGGAAACAUUUCAGAGAUAUGUUGUCAUUUGUAAAUACUUCAUUUCAAUGUGCAAGGUAAACUUAAGUAUGUAUAAUUAAAAGGUUUUGUAACACAUA